GAGUGACGUGGCUGGCUCUUUCUCUCUCUCUCUCUCUCUGUUAUUGUUGUUGUUGUUGUUUUGUUUGCAAUGCAAAGCAUUUUGGGUUGGGAUUUCAAUGGGACAUUAAACCCCAUUGACCUGAGAAAGGAAUGCAGAGGACUGAAGAGAUAAGAGGUCGAAUGGGAACCCGAAGUGUUGCCUCCGCCCAAAGAGGAGAAGGACGCUGCAAGGAGAAGACAUGGAAGUCGGAGACCGUAAAAAAACCCUUAAGAUUCCCUCUAAGUUGCCUUCUCUUCAGGGUGGGAUCCACUCUCUGGACAUCCCACUAAAUCAGAAUCCGGUGACCAUUAAGAAAGAACCCGAACCUUCCACCGGGGAGGAAUGGAUCCCACCAGAUCCGAGAGAGAGCAUGCCGCGUAUGGAGGACAAGAGUGUUCAGACUCUGUUGAACAUUAAGGAGGAGCCCAAGUCUUCCCUAGAGGAGGAAUGGGUCCCACCAGAUCCGAGAAACAGUUUUCAGAACCCGGUGGCCGUUAAUAAAGAGACCGAGGAGAAAUGGAGCGUGCCACGUCUGAGAGACAAGACACCGUGCGUGAAAGUGGAGAGUUUUGAGGAUCCGGUGACCAUUAAGAGAAAGCUCAAGUCUUCCGCAGAAAAGCGACGGAUCCCACCAGGUCCAAGGAAGAGUCGAAAGUUGCACAUGAAAGUUGAGAGCUUUGAAGAUCCGGUGACCCUUAAGAGAAAGGCCGAGCCUUCCCCAGAGGAGGAAUGGAUCUCGACGGAUCCCGGAGAGAGCACCCUGCUCAUGGACGUUGUGGAGGAGAGUUUUGAGGACGUCACUUCUCCAGCUCAAGGUGAUUCCAAGGAGAAGAGUGAAACAGAUGAGAAUGAGAAGGAGGCAGUGGAAGAAAGCCAGGAUAGGGACUGCGAUACUGUUUACAUCUCUUCCGAAGGGACUUACCUCCCCAAGACCCCGUCACCCGAAGGAGACCCCGAUGAAAGCGAGAGAAGCCCGCCGCAGCUUUCCGAAUUCGAGAGGAGCUUCCUCCAGCACCUCUGCCACACAAAGGCCGAGAAGGGUCCGGCGAGAGAGGUGCACCAAUGCCCGGAUUGCGGCAAGACCUUCAACUUCAGCGCCAACCUGAAGAUGCACCAGCGGUUCCACGUCAAGGAGAAGCCCUUCGAGUGCCUGGAGUGCGGGAGGCACUUCACCUACAAGUCGAACCUCGAGUCGCACCAGAUCAUCCACUCGGGGGAGAAGCCCUUCCGCUGCGACGAGUGCGGGCGCUACUUCAGCUACAGCUGGACCCUCCAGAAGCACCAGAAGUUUCACGAAGCGAGAAGGGGCUUCGGGGAACCCAGAGGGGUUUCCUCGUGGAUGGGGCCCCGCAAUUCGUACAAUGGAGGGGCAGUGUGAGGGAAGAAGCCAGCUGUUCGUCCCGAAACCAUUAAGCCCACUGAAGCAGCAGAGUUAGCACCGCUGUCGAACCUUUGGUGGAGCCAACAGGGCUAUUAAGCUGGGAAUUAAUUAUCAAUGUGAGGGUUAAACUGAGACACAAUCAACUCUCCGUCUCAGUCUUUCCUCCGUCGGCAAUCUAGCAUCUGUUUAGACACACGGACAAACAUCCACACAUAGCUGUCUGCCAAGCCCAGCGGUAAUUAACUUUAUUUACAGCCAUAUACAGAGCACACAGCUGGAGAAGCUCACUCUCAAGUCCAGCAGAAUUGACAGCGACCUGCGAAGAAACCAAUCAGAUAACUUAAUGCCUGCCCACAUUCCUUUCUAGUACGUAAAUGGAAGCUCCGUAAUGUCACUCUAGCCAGUAAAUCUAACUCUAUGCGUUUAACCACUUCUCUACUGGAAUUCUUCCCGAAACAUCGCACACACUUUAGCUUUAACAAGGAGUCAACAUUUCACACUACACAAAUCAUUACUUUGACAUUAAUAACCAGUAGGAUUCAGACCAAGGGAGUUAAUAGGACGAAACUCUUCACAUUCUUCAAAGUUGUUAGUCGGGGAGUUGUAGUUCUGCAGCAUCUCAAGAUGCCGUGCAAUUUCAACCCCCGUCUUUAAGGGUAUGGUAUGGACAACUUUGACUUACAACAGCGUUUCUCAAUCUGGGGGUCGGGACCCCUGAAGGGGUCGCGAGGGGAUGUCAGAGGGGUCACCAAAGACCACCAGAAAACACAGAUUUCUGAUGGUCUUAGGAGCACCUUUGGAAGAAAAGAUUGACAAUCUUUCUGCCUGUCCUUCUCCCAAAUGACAAAAUUAAUCCCACCAACCUGCCAGUAUUCAGAUUUCGGCGUAUCGGGUAUUUGGCCCAAAUUUGGUCCAGAUCCAUCAUUGUUUGGGUUCACAGUUCUCUCUGGAUGUAGGUGAACUACAUCUCCCCUAAAUCACUCUCAAUUCCUCCCAGGUCCCUCUAGUAUUUUCUGCUGGACAUGGGAGUUGUGCGGCCCAUAGUUUGGCCCAAUUCUAUUGUUACUGUGGUUCAGAAUGUUCUUUGAUUGUACGUGAGCUAUAAAUCCCAGCGAUUACAACUCCCAAAUGGCAACAUGCAUCCACCUCCACUGAGGUGAUAGAGCAGCGUUUUUCAACAUGGGGGUUGAGAACCACUGGCAUAGAUCCUUUUGAGCAUGGCUGAGAAUAGUAUGAUUGGCAGGCCACAUUUUUUGUCCCCCUCCCCAAAUUAUCCUCCAAUACUCCUUUUUCUCCCAUGACUGAAAAUAAGCCAAGAUUUGCCCCCCAUUUUCAGGGCAACAUCUUAAUAGCAUUUCAAGGACUGGAGUUGGGACCAUGGUGGCCAACUAAGACAGACAUAAGGAAAGACCUACCAGUUUGGUUGCAGAGACGGCAUAAAUCAAGGUGAUUAAUUACAACAUUCACACUUGCCUCCAACAGACAAGAGUUCUUCCUCCCACCCUGGACAUUAUUCCACGGAUUUCCAACAGAUCUCACAACCUCUGAGGAAGCCUGCCACAGGUGUGUGCGAAACGUCAGGAGUGAAUGCUUUUGGAACAUGGCCAAGCAGCCUGGAAAACUCCCAGCAACCUAGACAUCAUAAAGUUUGUUGAAGUUGCAGGGACACCAUGAAGUUUGUUAAUUACGUUUUCUUUUUUUAUGCUCCCAUGUUGUGGGUUUUGUUCGGUUGUGUUUGAUUAAAGGAAUCAAUCUCUCUUA